AUGGUUUGAAGAAUUAUCACAAAUAGUAUAUAUUUUUAUUAUAUUCCAUUGUCCAGGUUUAAUUCAGACAUUACAUUCGCUAUAUCUUCAGAGUAAUUUUGUUCGCUCAUCCUGAAUAGGCUAUCUCUCGUGUGAUCUCAUCGACCAAGCUCUAUUUACAAAACAAGAAGACUUAAUAGAACACUUUAAACAGUGUGUGGUAUAGAUAUUUAACCUUUUCACAAAAACUGGUUAACUACAAAUAUGUCAGAACUAAGACAUCAUUUCAGAUCAAGACCAAGAUUAAUCUACUAUAUUGGAGGAAUCUUAGUGCUUAUUUUCUUGAAUACUUUCCUUUACUUACCAUUCUCUUCUUCUCCUGCCAACUUACAAGCAAGAUAUAAGUAUGACUCUCACAAAGAAUCAAUUUAUCAAUUAAAACCAAUGGAAGAUUUAAUUCCUGAAGAAAAAGUAGGUUUUAAUCCAGAAGAAGAGAAAUUGAAAGAAGAAGAAGCUAAAGCAGCUGCAGAAAAAGCAAAAUUAAAUCCAACUUAUGAUUAUAGCCCAAUUCCAAGUGAAUUACCUUCUUCGAAAUUUGAUCAUCUUUCUGAUCCAAGUCUUAUCAGCAAAUUUCCAUUUAAACUAUUACAUAAACAAUUAAAAAUUGCUGAUCACAGACAAGAAUACGAUACUCAUUCAACUAUUUAUGAUUUAAUCUUUAAAAGUCAUGAUCCAUUAUCAGUUUACGGGAAUCUUGAUUUUGAUCAAAGAUGUCAAUUAUACUUUUAUAAUCUUUUUAUAAAUAAUCACAAUUGGGCUAUAAAUCCAAAUGAAGCUUUAAAACUCGAAAAUCGAGAGUUCUUUGAUUUCUUCGAUUUUAAAGAAAAAUUUCAAGAUGCUUACAUUAAGGAAUAUAUGGAAAUUAUUGGGCUCGAUGAUCCAAUAGAAGAUUUUGAACCAGAUGAUGAUUAUGAAAAAUUUGUUAAUUUGAAAUAUAAAGAAUUCUGGGAAAGAACUCAAAUAACUGAACAAAGUAUCAUUGAUUAUAUUUCUCAUGUUAGAAUAUUUAAUAAAUGUUUCGUUUCUAACAAUGAAAUCAAAUCAGUCAAGAGUUUACCAACAUUUUUCAAUGAUCAAAAGUCCAUCCUCAAGGAUUGGCUCACGAUUCAAAAUAAGGAAGAAGGUAAAUCUUAUUUCAAACUGGCCACUAUUCCAGAAUUCCAAUUAACUCGUCAAGAGAAUUUAUUUAAUUUUGAUUCUUUUGAAAGUUGUGCUAAUAUUGAAUCCAGAAUUUAUCCUUGGUUGUCAUUCGAUUACCCUGUAUACGAAAAAUGGACCGGAGAAGUCUUUUUAAGUCCCCCAGUAAUAAAAACAGCUCCAAAAUCUUCAACUGCAAAGUCAAAAACUUCUUCCAUUUAUCUGAAUUCAAAACAUAAAUCCUGCUUUCUUGAAAAAUUUAAAUUGGCAACUAAUGGUAAAGGUAUAACUUUAUCUAUUUCUGAUCUACAUGUUCCCGAUACCAUUCGUUUAAUUCAUCUUUUAAGAGGAUUAAAUAACAAGUUACCUAUACAAAUAGUUUAUUACGAUAAUUUGUCUAAAGAUUCUAAAAAUAGAUUGGUUGCAGCAGCAAGAGAACAAUUUACUGGUUUACCUCGUUCUUUCAAUAAAGUGAAACAUUUAUUCCCAGCAGAUUAUCUUGACCCAGUUGACAAGGGUCUUCCAAAACAAGAACUUUGGUUCGUUAAUGUCUAUAAUGCAGUUAAUGAGAAUUACCAUGAUAAAUUCAAAAGAUUUGGAAAUAAAUUCUUGGCUACCUUAUUCAACUCAUUUGAAGAAUUUAUUUUGAUAGAUGCUGAUACAGUCAUGGUUCAACCUCCAGAAUACUUUUUCAAUUUGAAAGGAUACCUUGACAAAGGUGCUUACUUCUUUAAAGAUCGUACAGCAGUUACCCUUAGACCUAGAUCAGACACUGCAUUUUUUAAGAAGAUAAGUCCUUCAAUUAUAGAUCAAACUAUGUUCAACAUCCCCAUAAUAACAGAUCAUACUAUGGAUAAUCCUUUAAUGAAUGGUAUGUACCAUUAUAUGGAAUCUGGUUUGGUAGCCAUAAAUCGUAAUAAGCAUUAUAACUCUAUAUUACUUAUGUUCCAAUUGGCAUUCAUGGAGCCCGUGGCUCACAGAGUGUAUGGAGAUAAAGAGCUCUUCUGGCUUGCAUUCUCUCUUAAUGGGGAUGAAGAAUACGUAUUCAAUGAAUUACAUGCUGCUGCUAUUGGUGAAAGAACUCCAGAUGAAGAAUAUGUCACUGAAGCUGGUGAAAUGAGAGAUGGUCAGGAAGUAUGUGGUGCUCAUCCAGGUCAUAUUAGUGGUGAAGAUGGUAAGAGUUUAUUAUGGUUUAAUUCAGGUUUUAAGUUCUGUACUCAGAAUCAUAAUGUUGAUUUUGAAAAGGAGUUCGAAUUAAAGAAGCAUUUCCGUCAUCUUCAAUCUAUUGAAGAAAUGAAGACAUUUUACACUCAACCAAUGAAAUUAAAACACGCUGUCAUCCCUCCAUUCAAAUCCAAGAAUGACUUAGUUAAUGAAAAUGUAGAGGAUCAACCAGCCCAAGGGUGGAUUGAAAACAAGGAUUAUUGUUUCUCAUAUCUUUGGUGUGCCUAUUCAAUGGUUGGUGGAACUACUGAAAAUGGAGUAGAUAACACUCAACUAGGGAAAUUCAUUGAGUUUGAUAAGGUAAGUCAAACAUUAUUCGAAUAUUAUGGGGAUAUAUGGGUUGGAAAUGAUUAAUUGCAUUUUAUUUAGUCAAAUGGUUAUUUUUUUAUUGCUAUUUUAUGGUUCUUUUGGAACGGGCCUUUUAAUAAUAAAUGUACUAAUAUAAUAUACUUAUUUCUUACGUAAUUUGGCACUCUA